CUUUUUUCUUUCUAUUUUUUUGCUUCGACCCAUCCGAUCGCUCCACGUUGCGCACAAGUGAGACGAGAUUCAUUCAGAAAUAGUUGCAUAAUCGGUAAACGUUCAGAUUCAGAAUCGAUUACUUGAUGCAUCCAUCUCCAGAAACAAGUAAAAAAAGAGCAAUUGAAGAGCUUAGCGACUCUCAGGAUGACCAUCAUCCAACCACCAUUACUCGUCAAAGAAGAGGGAACCGUGGCAAUAUGGUAAAUCAAGCUAAGAAGUUGAACUCUGAUAAAGUUCAUAGUUACCUAGAGAAUUUAUGGCUCAGCAUUCCAGAGGAUAAAAAGAGUUCAUUCACACAUCUUGAUCCAUUGUGGUAUACUUUGUACUCUAGUGACUCCAACAAAGAAAAGGUGUUGAAUUGGAUCAAGAAAAAAGACAUAUUUUCUAGAAAAUAUGUGGUUUUUCCCAUUGUUCAGUGGGGUCAUUGGAGUGUGUUGAUAUUUUGUCACUUUGGUGAAAGCUUAGGCUCAAAAUUCAAAACUCCAUGCAUUUUAUUGCUGGAUUCACUAGCAAAAGCUGAUCAUUCCAAGCAACUGGAACCUGUAAUAAGAAAAUUUGUUUCUGAUAUCUACAGGAAUUUAGAGAGGACAGAGGAUAAAAAAUUGUUGCUUAAAAUGCCAUUUUUAGUUCCUAAGGUUCCACAACAGAGAGAUAAUCAGGAAUGUGGUUUUUUUGCUCUUUAUUAUAUAAAGCUUUUUGUUGAGAAUGCUCCUGAAAGUUUUUGCAUAUCCAAUGGGUACCCUUAUUUUAUGAAGAAAGACUGGUUUAGUUUCGAAGUCGUACGCUGCUUCUGUUGCUACAUUACCACCACAGUCUUUCCUGCUCAUGCAACUGUUAUGAGUAGGGUUUCACUUCAAGUCUUCGUCUCAGCCGACUGCCGAACUUACGAACGAGGCUGCCAUCGGAUCUCUCAGAAGAAGAAGAGAAUACUCAAUCAUCCAGAAAUGGCACCUACAUUCUAUGUUGGUUCAGAAGCUGGUCUCAAGAAGCUCGAUGAGUACCUUUUAACCCGUAGUUACAUCACUGGGUACCUAGCUUCAAAGGAUGAUCUCACUGUUCAUGCUGCUUUCACAAAACAACCAUCAUCCCAAUAUGUCAAUGUAUCUCGUUGGUUCAACCACAUUGAUGCACUUCUAAGAAUCUCUGGUGUUUCUGCUGAAGGAAGUGGCGUUACUGUUGAGGGAUCUGCUUCUUUCCCUGAAGAAGCCAUUGCAACCCCUCCUGUUAAUGGAACAAAGGCUGCAGUUGAUGAAGAUGAUGACAGUGAUGUGGAUCUUUUUGGUGAGGAAACCGAAGAGGAAAAGAAAGCUGCUGAAGAACGUGCAGCAAAAGCAAAAGCAUCUGGAAAGAAGAAAGAAUCUGGAAAGUCUUCAGUUUUGAUGGAUGUGAAACCAUGGGAUGAUGAAACUGACAUGAAGAAGCUUGAAGAGGCUGUGAGAAGUGUUCAUUUGGAUGGCUUGCUUUGGGGUGCAUCAAAGCUUGUUCCAGUUGGGUAUGGAAUCAAGAAGCUUCAGAUCAUGAUGACUAUUGUUGAUGAUUUGGUAGCUGUGAUAUUGUUGCCUUCAACAAGAUCUAGAUGUGAGGUCAUGGUUUAUGAUUUUCUUUGAUCUAUCAAAUGGAAAACCAUCUAUCGGUUUUAUCUUUCCAAUUUUGAUUUUGUUUAGUGACUAUGGUUUUUUGUUGGAAGACUCGUUGAUUCUGAGAAAGAAAUGAAGUUUUUGUUGGAUUUGUCUUUAUGGUUGAAUUAUAUUUGAUGCUAAUGCGAUAAGAAAAUCUAAGUUUUAUCAAAUCUCAAAAAGGUAUUGUGAACAUAUUUAAAUGGAUGAUUCUAUUGAUACAAUUACAACCCACUACUAAAUGUUCCAACUCCAUUUUAAUUUUUUUUAAUAUUUAUUUUACUAAACAUGCACCCUCUAAUUUCUUAUUGUGUAU